GAUAUAUCAACACUUCUUUACUAGUUCUACCACUUCCCUAUCAAACUUACGCACAAAAUGUGUAAGCACCUGAUUUAUACACCUCGCGACCAAUGCAGUAUCUGCAUAGAGGAGGAGAAGUCGGCUCCUUUCGAAGGUUCGACGCCGAUUCCGAAGGUUGAAGAGAAGCCCGAGGUCUCUUUCAACAACUUGGGGCCAAUUCAAAAGGACGAUCAAGAUUGCCAUGGCCAGUGGAACAACCUUAGGGACUACAAGGCCCUCUCCGACGUGGACAGCAUCACGUCCCACUGGCGGCUGGACGACCUUGACGAGGCACUCGGACCCAAGCCUACAGUUCCAUCCUCACUACACACAUCACUAUCAACUUUAUACCCUACGGCUUGUUCUUCGAAACUCCAGAGUCAGCGCCCGGGGAGAAUUCUUUUCCACCAUCAACGCAAGAAGUUCUCCACGAUACCUAUGAAAAUGGGGUUAGUCCCUCUUCAGCGCUGUACAACUCCCACACUGCACACGACAUGA